AUGGCUGUAGUGCAGUUGGUUAGGACGCGGGAACGCGGUCGAACGGCUAUGAUGGUGCGCUUGAUUGCUAUUUUGUUCGUAAUAACGUGCGCAGGCGCAGAGGAUGUCGUUUCCACACCGAAGCCGAAGAAAAUUCUGGAUACUCUUAUGAAUCCAGCAUACAUACCUCUGGAAGAAAAACAUGGAUCGUUCUGGAAGAAAUCUGCUACGGAUGCCUUGAAAUCGAAAUUGAAAGAAACCGUUAACAUUAAUAAAGCUAAAAAUGGUAUACUCUUUAUCGGUGAUGGAAUGUCAGUCGCAACUAUUAUGGCAGCGAGAACACUGGCUGGCCAAGUCGAGAGGGGUCUAGGUGAAGAUAAUGUGCUGGCCUUUGAGAAGUUCCCGAUAGCUGGUCUGGCAAGGACAUACUGCAUUGACGCUCAAGUCCCGGAUUCAGCGUGCACCGCCACAUCGUAUCUUUCUGGUGUAAAGACCAAAUACGGAGUUAUUGGAUUAGAUGGUAAUGUGACCAGAGGUUCCUGCUUAUCCCAGUUACAUAAAGGGAACUGGUCUCCUUCUAUUGGCCAGUGGGCUUUGGAGAACGGAUUGGAUGUUGGUUUGGUUACUACAACACGAGUUACUCACGCCUCACCGGCUGGUAUGUACGCUCAUACAUCCGAGCGGAAUUGGGAGUCAGAUGCUGAUGUACCAGAAGAAUGCCUUAGCUUAGGAUGCCAGGAUAUAGCCUACCAGCUCGUCACUGGCAAUCCUGGACGACACUUCAAGGUCAUCAUGGGAGGAGGUCGUCGUGAAUUUUUACCAAACGUCACAUCUCCAUUGACGAAUUCCACUGGCAGACGACUAGAUGGAGUAGAUCUCACUGAGCUGUGGCAUCAAGAUAAAAUGGAAAGAAACGCAACACAUCAAUACGUCACCGAGAGGAAUGAACUAAUGAAAGUCUUUGAAUCAGAUGAUUUGCCGGAAUACCUACUGGGGUUGUUCCAAGAUGAUCACAUGGAUUACCACUUACAAGCUAAGGACCAACCAACCCUCGAAGAGAUGGUGGAAGUCGCCAUCAAAGUGCUAUCAAGGAGUCCAAAGGGAUUCUUUUUAUUUGUUGAAGGUGGAAGAAUUGACCACGCGCAUCACGAUAGCUAUGCCUACUUGGCCCUGGACGAAACAAUAGAAUAUUCGAAGGCGGUACAAAAAGCAAAAUCUUUGACAAAUGAAACGGACACAUUGAUAGUUGUUAGCUCAGACCACGCACACACGAUGACUGUAGCUGGUUACCCGUCCAGGGGUAACGAUAUCCUGGGUCUAGUGGAUACAGCACAUGGGUCAGAUGGCAAGCCAUACACAACAAUAAGUUACGCCAACGGUAAAGCUACAUCGAUCAAUGAUAAAGGAAGAGUGGAUGUGUCUUUGGAUAGCGAUUUUCAUAACAGGAAGUUGGACUAUUCUUAUCCAAGUUUGGUGCCGUUGGAUUCGGAAACCCACGGAGGUGAGGAUGUUGCUGUUUUCGCGAGUGGACCCUGGCAGCAUCUCUUCACAUCUAGCUACGAACAAUCUGCGAUACCACAUUUCAUGAGUUUCGCCAUGUGUCUCAACGAUAUAAAACAUGAACAAUGCAAACGGCAUAGAACUUUAUGGACGUCUAGUAGUACCAUGAAUAAACCAAUCAAGUAUUAUAUCUUAAGUUUAUUAGCUGUGAUCUUAAUAAGUAUAUCCUACUUCUAA